UCUCACAAGUGUACCUACUUGCAAUUCUGAGGAUGAGUGGCCAGCGGCAGAUGAUUGGAUCGAUUUCUGAGUACAACAAUGAACUGGACGAUUGGAAUGUCUACUACGAGCGGUUGGAGCAGUUUUUCGAAGUUAAUGACGUUCCUGACGAGAAGCGAAGUGCGUUUCUAAUUAGCGUGAUUGGUGCCGACGCGUACAAAAGUUUGAGGGAUCUGUGCCACCCGAUACUGCCCAGGGAUAAGCCGUUUGAAGCUUUGUGUGAAUUGCUGCGGAAGCAAUUCAGUCCGCAGAUUUCGAUUUUCCGAGAGAGGGUCAAGUUUUACAACGCCCGUCAGGAGGGCUACGAAAACGUGACACAGUGGUAUGGACGAUUGAAGCGAUUGUCAGUGGAUUGCAAGUUUUGUGGCAAUUUGGAAGGUGUGCUGUUGGAUAAGUUUAUUACCGGACUUAGACCGGGCCAAGUGUUGGAUCGACUGUGCGAAGAGAACCAAGCGCUCAAGCUGGAGCAGGCUUUGGAUAUUGCCGUGAACAAGGAGUGCGCUGCUAAGGAGAACGCAUAUCUACCGUACAGACCUCCACGGUGUGGUGUGGAUCAACCUCCAAAAUUUCAAAAGUGCCUUUUUGGAGGUGGACCCGUUCAAUCGCCUCGGCUCGCGAUCUGUCCCCCAGCACCAACCGGCUAUAGGCCGCAAGCGCGAGGUUUUGACGGUGUUGGAUCGUUGUUUGGAGGAUCAGGUGGUGGCGCAGCGGCAGAAUUUGAAUUCGGUGCCGCCCCAGCCGCUCAACCUACGACAGCAUUAUUUGGCAGCCUUUCUGCAGGCCAGCCGGAACAGGAAGAAGUAGCAGAUUCGGCUCCCGCGCUUGGUGCGGGUCUGUUUAGCGCUGUAAACCAAGAACAACAACCACAGGAACAGCAGGAUGGCAUACCGGAGGGAGCUAAUCGAGUUGGCGGUCCGGCAGCGAAAGGUCGACGAGUCCGUACUCGACGACGCGGUGCAGGCCGUCGCGGCGCUGCUGGCGACACUGGUGAUCAGAAUUCUGUCGAUGGAGAGCAGCAGUAAGGGCGGAAUCUUGGGUGCUUACAGAUGACGUUU